AUGGAUCAGAAUCGAGGGUUUCGGGAAGUAGCGCCCCCCGAUGAAGCUGAGCAGCAUGCGCAGCGAAGUCAGCUAACCAUGAACAAAACCGGCAAGCGAAGCUACCAAAGAGCUUGUAAAGUUGCCCUGGCGAAGGGAGCAGCACUUUACAAAGGCCGUCUUCUGACAGCUCAGGCUCUAGGAGCUCAUGAAGGACAAUUCGCGUCUCCUGCGAAAGCGGAGAAGCGAUCUUUUCAACCGAACAGACAGAUCCAUCACAAAUUUGACAUGGAAGUCCUUACUUGGAACGCAGGCUCAAUUACAAGCCGAGUUUGGAACGAGACUCUGGCCCUUUUGGCAACAACAGAGUACAAGAACAUCAAAAUCGUCUUCCUGCAGGAAUCGCAUUGGCAGCAGGACCAGGUCUACAGCUCAGGCCCGUGGUCAGUCCUAACCUGUGGCUCAACAAGCAGACACAAGGCUGGCCUGGUUGUCUUGGUGCAUAGCUCACUGGCUCCUCUUUCAGAAAUUCGCAGCACUUCCAUUGUUCCAGGGCAUUUGCAGCACGUCAUGAUCCCGUGGCAGAGAUCCAGAAUACAUCUCCUGAACCUGUACCAGCACGUCUGGGAUUCAAAGCUCUCGAAGACGGAAAACAGAGGCAGGAGAAAGGACGUGAUGACACAGCUCGAAAAUCGGAUACAGAGAGUCCCACAACGUGACUUCUUGAUUGUGGCUGGGGAUUUCAAUGCGCAUGCGGUGACUGAACGUCCUCAUAUCGGACCAAGUGUGCCUCAUCGAGUACGGUUUGCGAAUGCGGAUGUGAAGACACUGCCCUCGCUCUGCAAAUCCUGUGGACUAACUGCGCUGAACACAUGGGCUUCUGGCCAUCGCAGUACGUAUGCUAACAGUGAUGGCACAUAUUCCUCUCAGAUCGAUUUUUUGCUGGUCAGACUGCACGAUGCUCGGAGGAGAUCCAAGGAGGCCUACUCGGAUAAGCACUUUCCUGUGGCUGCCUACAGAGAUGGAUCAAAACACUUUCCAGUGCGAGCCACUCUGUUCAUUCCUCCUUACAGUCCUACACCCAGCAAGCCACGGCCGUUUGAUGCCACAGCCCUGGAUGCGAGCUUUCGGCGGAAAGAUGACAACUGGCAGGCAUACUCACAUCGUCUGACGGAAGCAGUGGUGAGGACAAUGCAAGUGAGACCGUCUUGGCAAGAACUGGACGAAGUGAUGGUUAGUGUAUCAGCUGAGCACUAUCCUCCUCCACGCAAGUCUCAGCCAGUAGCAGGUCCAAUUCAUCAGGAAUAUUGGAAGAAAGUGCGGCAAAUCCAGGCGCACAAGAGGGCUGGAACCGAGCAUAAUUUAGAAUGCCAGAAGCUUGUGGAGGACAUCAAGGAGGAGGAAACUUGCUCCGUGGCGCCCAGUGCAGAGAGUCAACCUAAGGGAUCAAGCAGGCCCAUAGGAGUCAUCAGCGUGCCAGGCAAAGUGCUAGCAGGCGCAGUGAAGACUCGCAUUGCACCAGCACUGCAGGUGAGCUCACAGCUUCAGCCUCAAUUUGCGUAUAUCCGGCAGAGGGGGGUGCGGGACGCUAUCGCGAAAGCAUGUCAGCACCUUGAUUUCGCGCAGCAGCUCCGUCAAGAGCAUCGCAGGGACCUGCACAAGUCCCAACGCGGAGCCAGGCAGGCUCAGCUGUCAGGGGCACUUCCUGUUUCGGUUGAUCUGAGCAAAGCUUUUGAUUCUGUUAAUAGACAUGAGCUGCUAGCUGCCUUGGAUCACCUGGGAACAGACCCUGUUACGAAAGAACUGGUAGUUCAACUACACAGUGAGACCUCCUACAACAUGGGCACAAGUGGACUAGAGAUUCAAGUUCCCACUUCUUCAGGAAUCAAACAAGGUUGCAAGCUAGCCCCGGCAUUGUGGUCUGCGCUGACACUUCUAGUCAUGAGCAGAAUGGAGCAGAAAUGGGGCCCAGAUAGCAAGCAAGCUAGGGACAUUCUAACGGUCUUUGCAGACGAUUUCCUGCUCCAGGAAACCUUCUCGAGCUUUCCUGAACUUCAGAAAGUCCUGCUUAGAAUAGAGGCUCUCUUUCAGUCUCUUGAGGACGUGGGGCUGGAAGUCAAUCCAACGAAGUCCAAAGCCUUGCUAAUGGUUCAGGGCACUCAGCAGUCCAUCUUUCGCAAGAAGCACACGAUACGCAAAGAGAAGCAGUUGCACAUCGUCCUUCCCUCAGGACAUAAGAUUCCGAUUCAUCACAAACUAACAUAUCUAGGGGUGCAGCUCAGCUAUGGAUCCUACAAAGACCAGACUGUUGACUAUAGGAUCGCCCAAGCUCAAGGCAAGUUUGAGCUACUUCGACACAUCCUGUGCUCCACUAAGGCCUUGGAGGCUUCAAAGAAGUUGGAGAUCUGGAGGGUCUAUGUGGAAUCCUCACUCUUGCAUGGGCUUGUGGCCACUGGCAUCACCUCAUCAGGUCUUCAGAAGCUUCAGAGUAAAUACUCGAGGAUGCUAAGAUCCAUCUUUAAGCAACAUCAGCACUACAGCCAUAUUGACACGAAGACUCUGUUCGAGCAAUAUAAGGUUCAGACUCCUCAAGCAGUUUUGAUCAGCCAGAUGAAAAACUAUCAAGACGCACUAGAUGCCUGUCAGAAGUACAACCCGGAUCAGAACAUACAGUGGUAUCUGGGACUUAGAGGUAGGAUUGUUGCGUUGCAACAGGAGCUUCAGAGCAUGCAUUUGGACCUGACCGAGGCAGACCAGGAGGUACCGUGCUCUCUGUGCGAUCGGAAAUUUUCCAGCGCUAAGGGUCUUCAGCAACAUACUCUGGUGAAGCAUGGAGGACAGCGUGCGAAUCAGCUAGGCCCAAAAUUUCAGGUCACUGUGCAUGCUGCAAAGGACUUCCGCAAUGUGCGGCAUGCAACAGGCAGUUGCGCACAAUGCAUCAACUUCGCAGACAUGUGGAGUCAGGCAUUUGCCCUCAGCUGCACGAGCUGA